AAUAUUGUAUCUGUUGAUCAGCUAGUCACUAUUCCUGAUUCUCAGGUAGGAGACGCUGAAGGUCAAAGUUAACAUACUCAAUCUACGUACAUCCAGCCCCAUGACUUUUACUCAAGAGUUAAAAUCCUGGCUGUCACCCAAGCGUCUCAUUGUGUCCGAUACGCCUGAGAUCGGGAGGCCAGCACCAUCCACUGCAAAGAUGAAAAUCCCAUGUGAGGAUGGGAAGCCGACCGUUGUAGUGUUCCUCAGACAUUGCGGUUGUCCUUUCGCAGAAAAGACCUACUUGAGCAUGCGCACUUCUGCGAGUGCGCAUCCAUCCUACACCUUUGUGGCCGUCUCACAUAGCGACCAGCCGUCUACGGAUAAUUGGUUGAGGGCAAUUCUCCAGUCCCAGGGGGAUGCAGAAGCAUCAAACCUAAAACUGAUCAUUGAUGAUACUCGGGAUCUUUAUGCGCGCUGGGGUCUUGGCAUUAGUUCAUUAUGGCAUGUUUUAAACCCGACUACAUUUAGCACGCUUAGCACCCUAAAGAAAACAGAGGGAAUCGAUGUCAGAUCCACCGAAUCCGGUAGUCGAUGGCAGACUGCAGGAGCUUGGGCUGUCGACUCUGAGGGAAUAAUUCGAUGGGGUCGACCAGCCAGGUCCGCCGACGAGAUCCCUGAUAUGGCCGCUGCUGUCGGUGCUCUAUCGAGAGAGUAAUUCAGAGUCAGUCUUUGAAAAAAUGUGGCCUUAUCUUGCUUCGCAUCGUGUGUUAUGAAAUGUAUUAUUCACGACGGCUCGCUGCGUCGCCCUCGCGCGCAUUAAACAUGAAUUGGACCUACACAUGUGGAAACAACGUUUCCGUCCUUGAAUCUAUGAAGAAAGCGGCUUAUCAAGUUGCCAAAGAAAACUGUCUCGAACAC